UUUGUGGAGAUUAAAAAUUUUAAGAAAGCCGUAAAGUACUUAAGAAUACUCGAAACUGAAGAGAACUUUCGGGGUAUUUUUCUACUAAGAAAAUUUCCUCGGCUUUAGCUUUGGUUUCCAGUCUAAAACAGACCGGCAUUCAACUGAAUAGUUACUUCUACGCAAUUGUCCUUGAUGGACUAAUUAACUGUGGGCAACUAGAAGAGGCGCUAUCACUUUUCGAAGAUCUUAAAAAAAAGGAUUUGUCCCAAAUGAAUAUUAAAGAGGAACGCCAAGAACGAUGCUUGUCCAGCGUGGCCUACGCGGUGGUGAUUAGCGGGCUGUUAUCGAAAACGCGCGUAGAUGCUGCUUUAAUUUAUUACAAGGAAAUGAAAAAGAAAAGGCUCCACUUUUCACUUGUUUCGUAUAAUUCGCUCAUUGAUGGUUUGCUUAAGAAUGAUAAAGAAGAAGAAGCCGAAUCAAUUUUAAGAGAACUUACCAAAUUUAAACUUCGGCCGAACGCUGCCACUUUUACCAGUUUUGUCUGUUAUUAUUCAAAAAAGCUGGCAAUGCAGAAGGCUGAAACUUACGCGAGCCUCAUCGAAAAAAGCGGUUAUCAGUUGGACGCGAUCCCUUUUGUUUGCUUGAUCGACGGUUACUUUCGCUCCAAAAAUUUUACUGAGAUGGAGGCGUGCUUUGUUGCUUUAAAAAAAAAAAACAUUCAGCUUCCGCCUUUCACCUUCAACGUCGUUCUCUGGAACGCAGUGGAAAAUGCAGAGAACUACGAAGACUGCUGGAAACUUUAUAGCAAACUCCAGGAGGCCUACGGAGAACGUUGCGAUAUAGCGAAAACGAGAACGCACGUUAAAUUCUACUAUAGAAUAUUGAAAGAAGGCGGUUUGGAAAAGACGCACGCACUCCUAAAAGUACUCGAGCGCCACAAAGUUCCUGUAGAUGUCGGCAUGGUCAAUGCUUAUAUUGAAGAGUGCAUGCAACUUUUCGAGAUCGCCCUGAUGGAGAAGUUUUGGAGAGAUCACGUGGAAACUCCCGAUGGUGGGAUUAGAGAGGGAAGUGUGGACGCCACAACCCUCGCUCUCCUCGUUGAGGGCUUUGCAGGAAGAGGCCACAUUGAAAACGCUAUUCACUAUUUUGAGAAAAUAAAAGGAGUCGCCAGGCUUCAAGGAAAUAUUAUGCAUGUCUACAACACCCUCGUGGACGCAUGCUUAAAGCUGGGCUAUACCCACGUGGCUGAGCAAUACAAAUGUGAAAUGGCGCGGCUUAUUAACCAAUAAACC